AGAACUCCUUGUUUCUGCCAACAGAGCUAUGUCUUUCAAAAGGCAAAAAAAAUAUUCUUUUUUUAGUUAUGAACAAUAAAGGUGUUAUAUGGCUCGCAGAUACAAAUGGCGUUGCAUACACGCUGUCACCUGAAGACAACAAACUAACUUUACGGUCGGAAGAAACCGAUAUAAUCAAACGUAUUUCAGCAGUGGAGUCAUGUGCGUUUGCCAUUGGAGGCGACCAGGACGUUUAUCUCUAUGUCAAUAGCAGAGAUGUACCCAUACGAGUGCAAGUUAGCACCUACGAGAAUCAGAGAUGGACGCCUAUUUAUAAAUGGUCUGAAAAAUCGGUAAGUUUUUAGUUAGUAAUUUGAGUGUAUAUUUAUGAAUUGUUGUGAUAAUUUGUGAACGUAUCGAGUAAUUAGAUAAUUGUAUGAUUUAAUUAGCUGUGAUAAUAAUAACUUCAUUUACAACAAUAAUUUUUAAGGAUAGCACAAAAAACUUAAACACAUCACCAUCAUCACCAUUAUGACAUGACCAUCAUGACAUGACCAUCAGGGGGGGGGGGGUGAAUAGGGGUAUACAACUCCGCCGAUCCGCCCAAAUUUGAAGCAAAAUCCGCGAUCCGACAAUGGUCUUGUCUAAAUUUGAAUCCGCUAAGGGGCCACGUCCAUAUUCAUGUUGCCACGCAUAACGUCGAAUCUACGUUAUGGGUGGGUGGGUGGGUUUUUACAUCAACUAGCUUCUCGACGUUAUCUGACUUAUCUCGUGGCAAUUUGACUAUUUACAUCCGAACAGACCGACGUUUUGCCAGUAUUAUAUUAUUUUGAACUAAUAGAGUUCAAAACAAAGAUGGAAGUAUUGAAGUGACAUUUAUCGUGUCAAAUGCGCGUGAAUUUGUGUUCGCGAAUCGCGACAUUUUUCUGCGGUAAAACUUCUAAUUUUAUGAAGGCAAGCACAAUAGUCAAUAACUUUGAAUUGAAGCCUCGGCAUUUUAAUGCAUUUCUGAAAUAAAUUGAUUGAUUAUAUACCAUAUUUUAUGAGAAUAAGCGGUCAAAAUACGGCAGGGUAACAAUCGACGUUAUCUGAGGUGGGUGGGUGGGUACCGGUGAUAACGUCGAUUCGACGUUAUGCGUGGCAACCAGGGUCUUAGCUAGGAUUUUAGAUCUUGGGCGUGUUUCUAAUGACCAGGGCGUGCACAUGUCAAUUACUUUGAAUAGCAAAAUAAUGGCUCUAGUUAUGCUCGCCAACAACAAUGCCUGUGGUUGUUGUAUGCUUUGCAGCCAAAUACAAGGCGAGCAUACGCUCAUAUUGCACACUGACAAUUAAGUUAUUUCAACAAAAUUAAAACCAUUUGAACACCAUACAGUUCCAAUUAUCCAUCAAAACAUUAAAACAUCACGGAUCACUUUUGCCAAUUCAACAACAACAGUAGAUUCUACAAGUUUUCUUGACGUAAAUAGGAAGAAAUUCUGUCUGUUGUAAGUAUAGCACCACCUUAUUUUAUGAACCUAUAUACACGGCCUUAUAUAAAUAGUGAAGACGCGUUCAUUUUAUCUAGCCGUGUUUUUGCACUUUUGGCCGCGAUAACAUGGCCAACACGGCCCUCUAUAGCUAAGACCCUGGUGGCAACAUGAAUAUGGAUGUGGCCCCUAAAAGCUCUACUGUGAAGUCACAAUCCAGGAUCCAAACUAAAUUGCAAGCUAAAUCCACAAUCCGAGCCAAAAUAUCCAGAGUGAAUUUGAGGGUGUAUUUCCGAAAGAUCUUUGGCGCAAAACAGCGACUCGAACAACGUUUGGCGCACAUUUUUGGCGCAGAUUGAUCGCAAAUAUAUUGAUUUGGCGCAACAAUUUGGCGCAGAAUGAUCCCAAAGAUCAAUUUGGCAAAGAUUUGGUGAAGCAAUUGAGCAUUUAUGUAAUAGUAUAUUUGAAAUUAUGAUUUGAGAAGAAUGAAAAGUCAAAUUUCGAAAAUUCGGUGAAAAUUUCGAAUAUUUCCGAAAACCGCAUAUUUUUUCACGACAAUUUUCUUGGCACAGGUUUUGGCGCAGCUUUACAUGAAUUCGAAAAAUCUUCAGCGCAGAAAAAUUGAGAGAUUCACCCUGGCAAAAUAUUAGAUAAAUCCGUAAACCGCUGAGUUAAUAAGAUCCGCAAUUCCGUGUAAAAUAUUCGCCAGAUCCGAAAUCCGAACAAUUUCUUGUGUGAAAUCCGACGAUCAUCAUGCAACCACCACUAUCAUGACCACAACCACCCUCAUCAGUAUGUAACAUCAUCAACACCACCACCUUCAUCUCCACCACCAUCAAUUGACCACCAUAUGAUUAUUACUACUGCUAAUCUAAAUACAAUCCACCCCAGAUGUUACCAACAGACCGCUGGUCAUGGAGUACACAAGAUGGUUCCAAACGCACUCCAAAAGAAUCGUUUAUUUUACCAGAAAACUGGCAGUGGGAGGAUGAUUGGUACAUUGACCAAACUGUCCAUGGGGACCACAAGGUAUGUUGUGGUCCAGUGGUUAGCCUGGCCACAUUUUUUUCUUCUGUAAAUGUGGGUGGAUUGAAGGGAAAAGAGGGCCUGACACAAAUCCUGCUUUUCAUCUGAUUGGUCUAGAUCAGACAAAAAAAUUUAAUCUGUUAGUGCUAAUUAGAUUUAACAAAUAUAAAACAUUUUCCGUGUUGAUAUACAGUUAUAUCAACACAAGUGGAAUUGGAAAAACGAGAAAUUGUAUGGAAACACGACGCCCGAAGGGCGGAGUGUUUUCAUACAAUUUCGAGUUUUCCCAACUUCCACGAGUGUUGAUAUAACUUUCUCAAAUUCAUUAAUAAUUCAUGAGUAAUUCAGCCAAUGAUAAUCACCUAUUUGAUCACAAGAUGCCAUUUGGAUACUUGAUGAAAGUCACUAGUGUUUUCAUCAAAUAUCUUAAUUACGCAUGCAAAAUUACUUGAAUAGAAUUCCUAAUGACGUUAUGCUUGGUUAAGAAUUCUAUUCAAAUCAGCAAACGAAAACAUUCUGUUACGUCUCGAUUCAUUUGAGAAGCCAUAUAAACAACUCGAGCUCGUGUUUCACCGGGAUAUCCAAACACUCGAAAACAAUGUAUGAAAACACUCGCACUUCGCGCUCGUGUUCUCAUACAUUGUUUUCUCGUGUUUGGAUAUCCCGGUGAAACACUCGCUCUUGUUGUUCAUAUAUUACAUAUAUCAAUACGGAAAAAAUGUUUUAUAUUUUUUUUAUAAUAUAGCGAUGUCAAAAGCCCGAAGGAUAAGAAAAAUUUCCGUGUUUAGAAGCGGCGGAAAUUUUCCCGUGUUGACAUUGAGUUAUAUCUUAGCCAAUCAACGUUCAGAAUUUACAAAUGCUAUAUUAUAAUGUACUAUUGUUCAUGAUAUAUUUAGCAGUUUUAACUAUAAUUAGAUUACUCUAUGUCCACCGGGGCCUAGAUAGAUCUGUUUGUUUGUUUUGCCUGUCUAUUUGUCAGAUCUCCAUUUUCAAAAGUCAGAACUCCCUUUUCAAAUGCCAAAACUCCCUUUUCAUUUGCCAGAACUCCCUUUUCAAAUGCCAAAACUCCCUUUUCAUUUGCCAGAACUCCCUUUUCAAAAGCCAGAACGCCCUUUUCAAAUGCCAGAACGCCCUUUUCAAAUGCAGGAGCUCCGUUUUCAAAUGCCAAAACUCCAUUUUCAAAUGCCAGAACUUCGUUUUCAAAUGCCAAAACUCCGUUUUCAAAUGCCAGAGCUUCGUUUUCAAAUGCAAAAACUCCGUUUUCAAAUUUCUCAAAAAAAUUUCUUCGGUGCCUGUUGGAUAGUUGGACAGUUGGAUCUCAGAUGCAUGGGUUCAUUGUUGGUAGUAUUCUACUUUACGAUAAACUGUGGUUACUAACCAUGGUAUCUUUUCUUGUUAUUCACAGGGCUGGCAAUAUGCACUGGAUUUUCCAAGGGAGUAUGGUCCAGUCAAGGAGUGGAAGUCGUGUGUCCGUCGAAGGUGCUGGGCAAGGUAUCGACGUUUUGGCAGGCUCGAGAAAUGGAUGAAGGUAACAGUGGAGGAAAUAUUGAAUAAUUUCACUGUUUUGCUCAGAAAUAUUUGUUUUACUUGGAACCAACUGUUAAACUGUUAAAAUUCUUAAGUCAUGAGAUUACCUGAUGACAUGCAGAUUGCUAGCUAGCCUGACACUCUUAUUAGUUGGACUAAGGUUAAGUUAUAAAAGAGCUUUAUUUGCAUGACCUAUUUACAGGUAUUGCUGAAGCAUUUAGAGUAACAUUGGCAAUUAACUAAAUACACGCUUACUACAAAGUAAUGAUACUAGUUAUUUACAAAGUAGUAGUUUCAACUAUGUAACAUGCCAUAGCAGAGUGUCAAGCUUGAAAUAUUGAUGGGUUUAAGCCUUGUGUGGAAUUCAGUUUUCUCUAGGGGUGCACCGGAACUCAGUUCCGGCCGGUUAGUUCCGGCCGGAACCCCGAUUUUUUAGAGUUCCGGUUCCGGCCGGAACUAGUAAAAAAAGCAUGGCCGGAACCGGAACUCUGUUGUUUUCAGAGAGAUAGAAUAUCAAACGUUUUUGUGUCUCACAAAAGGUCACAGUAGGAAGAAAUUUGGACUACGCAAGGGAAAUGUACACCAUUAACACUUCAUUGUGACGCUUGUCAAUCUUUUUAUUCUAACAUUUGCGAGCUCUCUCCUUGAUGACUUGAAGUGUCUGCCUGUCUGGCAGCGGACAAAGUAACAUAUGACAAUAUAUGGCUUAAUAAAUUAGUUCCGGUUCCGGCCGGAACUUCCGGCCGGAACUUUUUUCCAGUUCCGGUUGGAUCCGGUUCCGGCCGGAACUUAAAAAACUGGUUCCCGUGCACCCCUAGUUUUCUCUUGAGCUUUAUCAGUGUUUAACUAUGAAGCUACAAACAAAACAAUAUAACAACUAUUCAUUCUCUAUUAAGAUAAGUUCACCAAAUACAGAAGAGUUGGUUGAACGAGCUGUCCAGGAUAUUUCUGCUGGUGGUAUGUCCAUUCCUGGUUGUGAACCUGGUUACAUUGCGUUGUGGGCUUGCAACUUUGCUGGACAGGUACAUAUCUAAACUGUGUUUCAAUUUAUUGUCCACCAAAGACAAGAACAGUGCAUGUACUGUAAUGUUAUGAAAAUAAUGAACGUUAUUUUUCACUCUGAUAACUGCAGAUUUACCACCAUCUACUGUACAAUAGCGCUUAGUGAAACCUACUGUAUAUAAUAACUGUUAAUACAAUUUCCAGGUCCUGUACAGACAAGGGAUAAGUUAUGUGUGUCCUGAAGGUACUGGCUGGCUGACUGUUGAACUUCCAGAAGACGUCCACGCUGGCCAGAUCUCUGUUGGUCCUACGGGCAUGGUUUGGAUGAUAACUUGGCAAGGAAGCCUUUAUCUUCGCACAGGAAUUUCUAAAUUUAAACCAACAGGUUAAAAAUUUGCUUGUGAUGUUACUCUGAGUGUAUAUCCACAUCGGGCAGGCUUGAAAAAUAUGCCUGGCCACGGUGGGAAUUGGGCUAGUAUUCCAAAGGUCGUAGGUUCGAUUCCCACCGUCAGGGACCCGGUGUGGAUAUACACUCAGAGUAACAUCACAAGCAUCUUAUUCACCUGAGAAUAUUGCACCAACACAGCAGGUUAAAAAUAUGUUAAAAAUUAAGUGUUAACUUGUAGCAAGGCUAGUACUUGCACAGUUAGUUAAACAGAAUCAUUGGCCUGAUUUGUAUUGAAGAAAGACUGACUGAUUUUUAAGAUGUUAAUCACCUGAUUUGCAGAUCAUCUGUCUUCGUGUAAACACUAGGUGAACUAUCCAUAGACCAAGUAGCUAUAAACUAUAUUUUUUCGUAGGAUUAUCCUGGAUUGCAGUUCCUUUUCCUGAUGAUCGAGUCUACCAACUCUCUGUAGGAACAAACGCUUUAUGGCUGUUGACAAUGGAAGGAAAGGUACGCAAACAUACGUUGAUUUUGCACUGCUAAGAACAGUACAAUAAAGUAGCCCUUUCAGAAGCAAAAACGUCUGGUAGCAAUGGGGGCCCUUACAGGUUGCUUUCAGAAAACCCUAGUUUCCAUAUAUGAUCGUAACGGUCGUAAAGAUCAAGUCACAAUCUUUCUCAACAGCCGAAACACAACAGUUUGGAACUGAAAAUAGGCAGAGUGAUUAUAAAUAGAGAAUACUUAUGAUUUAUCAAUUAUGAUAGGUCGUGACCCCAUUUUUACAGAUGGAACACCUCCGCAGAUGGUAGUGAACGGUAGAAAUAUUAACACUACAUAUAAUGAAAAGAAUUCACAUUAUUUUCUCGCAAACUUAUUGACUAACACAUUGUGUUGUUAGGUAUAUUUUCGACGUGGUAUUUCUUCAUCUAUUGGUUACACAGAUGAAGCGAGCGCUAAAGGAACCAAAUGGGUCGAAAUGGUUGGAAACUUUUCUCUUCUUUCUAUGGCUUUGAAUGAUCAGGUCAGUUUAUAAUCUGAGGUGGAUCAGUCAGUAGGUCUGUUAGUUAGUAGAUCUGUCAGUAGGUUUGUCCGUCAGUAGGUCUGUCAGUCAGUAGGUCUGUCAGUCAGUAGAUCUGUCAGUAGGUCUGUCAGUCAGUAGGUCCGUCAGUCAGUAGGUCUGUCAUCAGUAGAUCUGUCAGUCAGUAGGUCUGUCAGUAGGUCUGUCAGUCAGUAGGUCCGUCAGUCAGUAGGUCUGUCAAUCAGUAGGUCUGUCAGUCUGUCAUGUGAUUAAUCAGUCAAGUACUGUCUAUUUCUUUGCGCUGCGCAGGUUUUUACUUUGAGUACUGGAUCUGAUCAUGUUUACUUCCGGUCUGAUGUCACUUCCUCUGAACUAUCUGGUAAAGAGUGGAAGAAUCUGAAUAUUGGUCAUUCAAUGACAGACAGUAUGAGUAGCCUGUCUAGCAAUUCUUCACAUCAGGAAAUUGAGGGCAACAGAGGUAAAUAUUUUUAUUUCUUAUAUAGCUAGUGCUAAAUGUGUUUGGCUGAUUAUGGUCACGUGGUUUUAGAUAAAUGCAAUGUAUCCCGCCAGCCAACAAUUAGUAAGUGAGUAAGUGGAGCCAGUUAGGGGGCUAAUCCUAACCCACCAUAUCAACUUUCCCUGUGGGAGAACACCGGAGUACCCGGAGAAAACCCACGACUUUCGACAGAGCGUUGACGGACUCUUUUCACAUAAAUUUCACUAGUCCGAUGUGAGGAUCGAACCGACGAUCUCGGAGGUGAACGGCGCUUGCUAUGACGAUUGCGCCACCGAAGCCUCCGACAUCAUUCAUUCAUUCGUUCGUUCAUUCAUUCGUUGGUUCAUAGAUAGAUAGAUAGAUAGAUAUUUAAUAAAUUUCUCCCUAAAAGUGUUUUUCAGAAAUUAUUUACAGUUACAUGCAUGCAGUAAUAAUUAAGGUUACAAAUAUAAGUUUAAACAAUUAUCAAAGACUAUAUACAAAAUGUCUUAGGCUAUACUAAAUGUUAUCUUUUGCAAGCAAAUGUUUUUAAGUGCUACGUUAAAAAUUUUAAGAGAAGAGCAGUCUUUCAAGUUCUUGUCUAAAUUGUUCCAAAUAUGGACGGCUCUACAUGUAAAUGAUCGUUGACCAGCUGCAGUCUUAAAUAGAGGUAUUUGAAGAGAGUCGUGUGUACGAGUCCUACGGUCGUGGAUUGAUGACCUUUUUAUCAAUUUGGUACAAAGUUAGUCGGGUGCUAGGUUAUUCAUUCUGAUCUCCCACAGGUGAAGACGGCACAUUAUUUUCUGAACAACUAUUCGGCAUGGAUAAAACCUUGGAGAAAUAUCACUGGAACUGGAUAAACUGUGGCGCGUGUAAUGUGACAGCGGAUUUCUUCAACUCGCAUAACCACUGGCAACGACAGCCCUCUGUUAGCUCUGUCAGUUUGAAUAAAUUAAAUCUUACUGAUGGGCCAUGGAGGGGGACUGUACUCGAGUUACUAGAGUCACGUGAUACUAAUGAAUUGAGUCCUUACUGUGAUUACGAACAGGCUGUUGACAAGGUUUGUUUGUUUGUUUGUUUGUUUGUUUGUUUGUUUGUUUGUUUGUUUGUUUGUUUGUUUGUUUGUUUGUUUGUUUGUUUGUUUGUUUGUUUGUUUGUUUGUUUGUUUGUUUGUUUGUUUGUUUGUUAACUACAUCUUAUUAAUUUGCCACCAAAUACAAGACGUCUACAUAUAACAUCAUUUUCUCACUCAUCAAAAUAGUUUGAUCAUCAAACUGCAGAUUGACCACCAUCUGUUGCACGAUAGUACUCUCUGUAAGUUCAUGUUCUAUAAGUGAACGUCGUUAUUUUUCCCCCAGGGAAGCUGGUCAAAGUCGGGUACAUUCCGAAUGCUAUCUGACAAACGUAACCACAUCUGGUGUCCAUGCGACGUGACCCUAGCAAGCGAAGCUGACGCGGAAUGCUUAAUAGCUCACUACACCAAAGGAAACAAGACGAAAGAAAUGAAAAUUUUGAUCUUUGAUAUCACGUGCAUAGCUAGGGUUUACAACCAGACUCAUACGAACUGCUUUGCCAUACAUACAGCCGUACGAACCAUGGAAAGAAAUUUUCUUAUGCUCUCGGCUCUGAGCGAAAAGGAACUCAACGAGUGGGUAACGGUAUUAAACGCGUCUUGCCAGAAGGCGCGCAAGUGUGAAGGUCCACCCAAGCCUUCUGCUCUGUGGUGUACAACCACCUGGGGAGAUGUAUUCUUUAGCGACUCCAAAGAUGAGUUUGGUAGGUUGUUUUUAAUUCGUGGGGUGGGGCGACUUUAGUGCAUGUAGUAAAUAAUGAUCCUCACUGGACCUCUAGAAAGAACAGUUUAGAACUGAUAGAGCUAUCCAGUAUAAAUAAAGUUAGUUUACUUUAGGUUUUCUUCUGUAAUAACACUGGAUCAAUAAGAGACGAUCCUUACUGGACCUCUAGGAAGAACAGUUUAGAACUGAUAGAGCUAUCCAGCGUAAAUAAAGUUAAUGGAUUUUUUUGUUUUAUCCUAGAUUUCACAAGUCUACCAGCAUACCACAUUUAUUGGCGUCAAGUGGGCGGUCACCUAGCCAAAGUUGAGGCUGGGGUGGAUCAUGUUGUUUGGGGGCUUGGGCACGACGGAAGGCCAUGGUGUUUUACACGUGGCUUUGGUGGCGGGAUUUUCCCAGCUGACGUGAGCAGCGCCCACGGUAUUUAUGAUCAAAGUGAUCAAAAUGUGUUCUACACAUAUGAAAACCAGAGGUGGAACCCUUUGGAAGGAUUUGGGGGAAGGUAGGUAGUAUAAUAUGAUGAUGAGGGAUAACUUGGACCUCAAAGGACUGCCUGAGCUAUCCAGAAAAAUAAAGUUAGUUUAGUUUAGGUUUCCUCCUGUAGUAACACUGGAUUAAUAAGAGAUGAUCCUUACUGAACCCUCUAUAGGAAGAACAGUUUAGAACUGAUAGAGCUACCCAGUAUAAAUAAAGUUAGUUCAGUUUAGGUUUCUUCCUGUAGUAACCUUCGAUCAAUAAGAGAUAAUGCUUAACUGGACCUCUAAGAAGAACAGUUUAGAACUGAUGGAGCUAUCCAGUAUCAAUAAAGUUAGUUUAGUUUAGUUUCCUCCUGCAGGAACACUGGAUCAAUAAGAGAUGAUCUUUAUUGGACCUCUAGGGAGAACAGUUUAGAACUGAUAGAACUAUCCAGUAUAAAUAAAGUUUGUUUAGUUAAUUCUUAUAAGAGUACCUUCAUAAAAUGUAACUCUUCCCGCAGCUUUCUGCUUUCUUUUCAUUUCUUAGGCGGUUAUUAACAGAUCGUUACGAGUGGAGCGAUGAAACAGGAGUGUUGGAACGUAGAAAAGAAGGAUACCCUCUCCCUAACUCUGACUGGCAGUGGUCUGACGAGUGGAAGGUUGAUUACAACACGACAGAAGGAACGGACAGGGAUGGAUGGAUGUAUGCUCUGGAUUUUCCAAGGUAAGAGGGGAGAACAGGUUAAAAGAGAAAGCUGGUGGGGGUAUGUGGGGUUGGAUUCGGUUGCCACCAAAUUCACAUUUUCACAUGCCUAGUUGCUACUGUUCUGAUAAUGCAACCAUAGAAUAGAAUAGAAUAGAAUAGAAUAGAAUAGAAUAGAAUAGAAUAGAAUAGAACAAAAACAAUCAAACAUUUAAAUGUCUGGCAAUAUAUUAAUGUAUGCAUGUAUCUUUUUUCUAGGGAAUACAGUAAUGAGAAACAUUGGAAUGACUGUGUGCGAAGACGCCGCUGGCGCAGGUAACUAUCGUCUUUAAUGUUUAAUUAUAUAUGUAUAUUCUCCCAAUAGAGUUUUUCAGAAAGUACUUACAACUAGUUAUUUCAUUAACUAAUUACAGUUAUGUUACAUUAGUAUAAUUACAUACAGUAGGUGAGUAUUGAAAAUUCUCCAUGCUGAUUGGUUGCCGUUGAGAUGAGAUAAUCACCUAAGCGAUUUUCAAAAUGGCGGCCAAAGCCGUUUUGUCAAUUAAAUGACGAAGAAAUGUGUAUUUUUUAUUUUUUUCCAUAUAGUCACCUGUGAAAUUAUACUAAAACAAUUAUUCACCUCAGGCUCGGUGAUUAUCGUGAAUAAAAACCUCGACUUCGUCUCGGUUUUUAUUCACCGAUAAUCACUUCGCCUUCGGCGAAUAAUUGUUAAAUAUCACACUGAAAGUUAGAUAUAAAAAAUAUAUAUACCCUAAUCAUAGUAAACUAGAAUCUUCUAUCAGACUUAAGUUUAAAAUUUCUAUUGGUUAAGUAAGUAUCUUCUAAAAAGUUUUGAUUUGGAUUUUUUUUUUUUAAAUUCUCUGUUGACUUCAUAUCAUCGUCCGAACUGUUCCAUAAACUGUCCCCAGUGUUACUAAAGGCUAAUUUCCACUCAGGAAAAUUAUCCGUGGACUGGAACGGACAAGAAAAUUUUUCUUUGUCUUGUGAGCUCUGGGUUGGAACUAAUGACUUUAACACAAAGAAACAUUUUCUUGUCCGUUCUCAUCUCAAAGCACUCAUCUCACAUGAGGUAAAGUAAUCAGUGUUUUUUUCAGGGAUUUUUUAGGACCGUAAAACGGGCCCCAAAAACUCAAUCUUGAAUUGAGUUUUGAAACUCAAUCUUCUCACCAAAAGAUUCAGUGCAGUAAAAAUGAAGUUGUUUGAGUUAAAUUCGUGACGUGUGGAAAUUAGUUUCAGUUGGAAACCCGACAAUCAGGGGGAAAAAGCUGGAAUUCAUUUCACAACACAAGAAGAACAACGCAUUCGCCAUCUUUAGCCAGUUUAUGUCUGCUUUAACACAUUGCAUCUCAACUACACUUAUUGGGUACAGGUGUCAGCCUCCCGCAGCUGCCCCAGACUCCCAGCUGUUCAGCUGAAUUCAAUCUUCUCUGCAAAAACGGACCCAAGAGAAAAUCCUGGAAAAAACCCUGAAAAUUAUAACGAGACAAAUGCCCACGAGAUAAAAGGCAGAUGUAGUGACCACUUUGACAAUCAACUCACAAACAACUACAAACAACAGCAACAAUCGUUUUGUUUUGUAGAUCUGCGUGUGUCAACACAACGGGUCCAUGGGUUGAAAUCUUGCCCUCAAUUCAACUGAAAGACAUCAGUAUUCAAGUUGAUCGCAAAUAUCACGAUGAUGGCAGUGUGGCAGUUUGGGCGGUCAAUUUUAAAGGAGAUGUUUUGUGCAGGAAAGCGGUGACUGCUGCCUGUCCACAGGUCAGUAACUUACAUCAAGUGUUGAACAAUUUGAUUUGAAAAGGUCAGCGCCAUCCCUCAUUGAUCCAAUGUGGUUUCAACACUUCCGACAGUCGUGUGAUGAGCGUGUGUUUUGUAUACAGGGUGAAUCUUGGCUUCAUGUAACCACCAACGCAAAGUUUCAAAGCAUCUCAGUUGGGUGUAACUACAGCGUGUGGGGUAUUGGUGUUGACGGCGCCGCUUAUCUCAGAGUUGGUUACUCGGGAUAUGAUGACGCAGGUACGUCCAUUGAUCUGUAGAUGUAGCUGGAUUGAUCGUGCUAAACUAAGCAAAGGCCUUUGUAGAGUGAUUUAAGUAAAUCAAAACGACGACUGAGUGAAUAACAUGGAGAACAGUGAGAUUUUCAAAACAACGGAAAGAUAAUGAAACCUAAAUAAAAAAGAAAUUCGGAAAAGACAAGACACUUGAGAUAGAUAGAAAACAAGAGAAAAAGACACAAGAGUUUUGAAUCAUAUAUUGUAUUUUCAAGAUGUCGUGUCUUUUCAGAAUUUGCUUUUUACUUUACUUUUUUGAAUUGUCAGCUGGUCGUGGUUUUUGGACAAUGGAACAUUCCAGUCUAGGUCGUGGCUGGAUAGCAUAAAGAACAGCAGUAAUCCAGUAUAUAUUAAAGCUACAUAUAUUUCAAAAUAUUUCUCAUGACUAGGCAAGAUGUGGGAGCGUAUCCCAGCUCCAGGACACAAUCCUCUGAACACGAUCUCAGUGGGGAAGAACACAGUCUGGACGGUGGAUAAGUUUGGUGAACAUUAUUACAGAGAGGGAGUCAUUGAAACAUUUCCUGAAGGGACGACUUGGUUGAAGAUUUUUGGUCGAGUACAAUCUGUGUCUGUUAGCGCGAAUGAUGAGGUAGGGAUGCCUUCUUUCGCCUCGCCCGCCUUUUAGGUGUUCCGCAGCGGGCUGCCAGUCUUCCAUGCAGGCUAGGUUUCAGUGAGCCCUCGCAGAGCAGGAGAUGGUGGCCAACUGCAGAAAUGUCGACAUUUUUAGGAGCAAACUCCAUCUCUCAAUUAUUUUCAUUUGCCACCAAAUACAAGACUACUACAUGUAAUGAAAAGGAUCGACAUUAUAACUGCAGAUUGACCACCAUCUGCUGCACGAUAGUCAAUCAAUCGAUAUUUAUUAGCACCUGGAAAUUUUACAUAUAACUUCUCUUCAUUAAAUAUUACAUAAUAUGAAGGUGCAAGCUAAUAACUGAAAAUAACCUUGUAGGGUUAGACGAGACAGUUAGCUUAUAAUUUAUUGAUAUCGAGUGGUGAGAGAAUACUUUUAGAAUAGUGCUUGGUGAAACCCAGCUACAACAUUGUCUUACUCUGUCUGUCUAUAUUUGAGUGAAGAAUGCCAUGAGCAGUCUGUUUAUUGUGUCUUGGUUUCCUUAGGUGUGGGUGAAAUGUCAGGGUGGAUUAGAGAAAUGUUUUAAUACUGCACCGGAUAGACCCACUGGGCGUGGUUGGGUUUUAGCGUUGCCGGUAAGUCCUAUAGUUGGGAUAUAUUUUAACUAGACUAACGUUCUUUGUACUGGAUAGCUCUAUCAGUUCUAAAUUGUUCUUCCUAGAGGUCCAGUAAGAAUCAUCUCUUAUUGAUCCAGUGUUACUACAGGAGGAAACCUAAACUAAACUAACUUUAUUUAUACUGGAUAGCUCUAUCAGUUCUAAAUUGUUCUUCCUAGAGGUCCAGUAAGGAUCAUCUCUUAUUGAUCCAGUAUUACUACAGGAGGAAACCUAAACUAAACUAACUUUAUUUAUACUGGAUAGCUCUAUCAGUUCUAAAUUGUUCUUCCUAGAGGUCCAGUAAGAAUCAUCUCUUAUUGAUCCAGUGUUACUACAGGAGUAAACCUAAACUAAACUAACUUUAUUUAUACUGGAUAGCUCUAUCAGUUCUAAAUUGUUCUUCCUAGAGGUCCAGUAAGGAUCAUCUCGUAUUGAUCCAGUAUUACUACAGGAGGAAACCUAAACUAAACUAACUUUAUUUACACUGGAUAGCUCUAUAUCAGUUCUAAACUGUCUUCCUAGAGGUCCAGUAAGAAUCAUCGCUUAUUGAUGCAGUGUUACUACAGGAGGAAUCCUGAACUAACUUUAUUUAUACUGGAUAACUCUAUCAGCUGUAAACUGUUCUACCUAGAGGUCCAGUAAGGAUCAUCUCUUAUUGAUCCAGUGUUACUACAGGAAAAAACAAAACUAAACUAACUUUACUAUACUGGAUAGCUCUAUCAGUUGUAAACUGUUCUUCCUAGAGGUCCGGUAAGAAUCAUCUCUUAUUGCUCCAGUGUUACUACAGGAGAAAACCUAAACUAACUUUAUUUUUUCUGGAUGGCUCUAACUUCAUAUUAUUUCUUACAUUACAGACCUUCUGGCACAAUGUUACUACACGAGCAGUUGGGGUUGAAGAUGCCCCUUGCUGCAUGAAUGAAACGGACUUACUUGAUGAGGCAACUGCAGUGUGUAAGGUGGACGAUAAACAACCAUUAAAACAUUUUGAAACAGUUAAACAAAGUUCGUAUAAAGAUCUUAUGGAAAGUGGAGAUAUAUACAGCAUCUUUGGCGGAGAGGAAGAAUUUGUUCCUAAUUCUGAUAGUGAAGAUGAGAGCUGAUGAGGUGAGACUCUGACUCCUGAUUUGUCAAAACUAAUAUAUACCUUAACGUCCUUAACCUUUAUUUAUACUGGAUAGCUCUAUCAGCUCUAAACUGUUCUUCCCAGAGACCCAGUAUAAGGGUCAUCUCUUAUUGAUCCAGUGUUAUACUACAGGAUGAAACCUAAACUGAUGUAUUCUGGAUAGCUCUAUCAGUUCUAAACUGUUCUCCCCAUAGAGGUCCAGUAAGGAUUAACUCUUAUUGAUCCAGUGUUAUUACAGGAGGAAACCUAAACUAAACUAACUUUAUUUAUACUGGAUAGCUCUAUCAGUUCUAAACUGUUCUCCCUAUAGAGGAGGUCCAGUAAGGAUCAUCUUUUAUUGAUCCAGUGUUACUACAGGAAGAAACCUAAACUGAUGUAUUCUGGAUAUCUCUAUCAGUUCUAAACUGUUCUCCCUAGAGAUCCAGUAAGAAUUAUCUCUUAUUGAUCCAGUGUUACUACAUGCAGGAUGAAACCUAAACUGAUGUAUUCUGGAGAUCUCUAUCAGUUCUAAACUGUUCUCCCUAGAGGUCCAGUAAGGGCCAUCUCUUAUUGAUCCAGUGUUACUACAGGAGGAAACCUAAACUAAACUAAGUACUAUUUAUACCAACCUCCGUCGCAGGGACUUUCUAUUUAUACUGGAUAGCUCUAUCAGUUCUAAACUGUUCUUCCUAUAGAUUCUCCCUAGAGGUCGCGCAAGUUGAAAGUCUCACAGAAGAAUGGGUCACAGAUCAUGUAAGGAAUAGAACGCCGUCAAGGUUUGAAAUUUUAAGUCCAUGACUAUAAAAACAAAUUUUAUAAUAGGGAUUCUCGAUAAAUUAUUUUAUAUAAUUUUGAAAAUGUGACAUAGUGUGAAUAAAUAGAUUAUGAAAUUAGUAACAAUACAUUUCAGAAGAUGUUGCGCGUUUUCGCCCUGUUUAGCUGUAAAAGUGGCGAACACGUCGCGAAAUUUUGAGACGUUAUGUUGCCAACACAUUCUCACCCUUGUGUUGCUGCUAUUUUCAAUCCUCAAACCUCUUAUGGCGUAAAUCAUAGCUCAAAUUUAAUAAUAUUUUGCCCUAAUUAAAAGGAUAUCAAAAUUUCAUCGAUUAUGAAACUUUGUUACAACUUAAGUUUUUUGACG